AUGAAGGGAGCACUAGCAAGGCUUCAGCUAGGUGAAAGCCACCAAUUGUCGUUCCCCACGUCAUCAAAAUUAUCUUCUUCCAACUCCUCUCGCUUCCAGAACCUUUUAGACUCCGGAGCUGCCGACGCCAUCCUUCCCUCAUCGUCUCCUCUUGGUACUGACCUUGACCCCAAUUUCGAUGACAGAGAUUUCAUUCUCAGCCAGGACUUUUUCUGCACCCCUGAUUAUAUCACCCCGGAUAAUCAACAUACGUUGAACGGUUGGGAUUGCAAUAAGGAAAAUAUCCCUUGCCCAAAAUCACCAGAGAAGUCAAAUACGGUUAAAUCCAAGAGACGCAGACAGGGUGAUGUCUUAAUGAAUCCUCUGAGUCCUACAUUUUCCGGCAAUCAGCAGAUAGUGGAACUGGGAACGGAUUCUUUUGGCAUAGAUGAAGCUAAGAUAGAGAAAGCAACAGUAACUGAAGUUCGAAAGACACAAAAUUAUGUAUCUCAAUCUGCAGUGGCUUUACGCUGUCGUGUCAUGCCUCCUCCAUGUUUUAAGAAUCCAUAUUUAAAGGAUGCUUCAGAAAUGGACAUUGAUCCUCUUGGCAACCAAAGAUCGAAAUGUGCCGCUUUCUUCCCUGCAAUUAUGGGAGGAAAUGGCCUUUCACGCUAUUGCGCUGAUUUUCAUGAGAUUGAGCAAAUUGGUAGUGGGUACUUCAGUCAUGUUUUUAAAGCCUUGAACAGAAUUGAUGGUUGUUUGUAUGCUGUGAAACGUAGCAUGAAGCAGUUGCAUCAGGACACAGAAAGGAGAAAGGCUUUGAUGGAAGUUCAAUCUUUGGCAGCUUUAGGUUCCCAUGAAAAUAUUGUUGGAUACUACUCAUCUUGGUUUGAAAAUGAGCAGCUCUACAUUCAAAUGGAAUUAUGCGAUCACAGCUUAUCCAUCAACAAGUUUUCCCAAACCUUCACAGAGGGAGAGAUUUUAGAAGCCUUGUUUCAGAUUGCAAAGGCGUUGCAGUUUAUACACAGGAAAGGAAUAGCUCACUUAGAUGUAAAACCUGAUAAUAUAUAUGUCAAGAAUGGUGUUUAUAAGCUUGGUGACUUUGGAUGUGCAACUCUACUUGAUAAAAGCCUACCAAUUGAAGAGGGUGAUGCUCGAUAUAUGCCUCAAGAAAUCCUGAAUGAGAAAUAUGAUGAUCUUGACAAGGCUGAUAUUUUCUCCUUGGGAAUUGCUAUUUAUGAGCUAAUUAGAGGUUCACCUUUGCCCGAAUCAGACCUCAAAUUUUAA